AUGGUGCGUGAGAGUAAGUCUCCUCACUCUACGCUCACGUUUUAUGUGAAGAAGCCUAAUGGGAAGUGGCGAAUGGUGCAUGCUUACAUUAAACUGAAUGCAGCCACUAUCCCGACUCAAACACCGAUUUCUCGCAAGGAUGUUCUUCAGAACAAUAUGGUGGGAUGUACGAUGUACAGUGUCCUUGAAUUAGUUGAUGGAUAUUACCAACGGCUCAUGCGAACUAGUUAUAUCCCGCUGACAGCGGUCAGCACUUCGAGCGGUAUGCUCUGGGAGUGGUUAGAGAUGUCCCAAGGGCUGUCUAACGCACCUGCAACGUUCAAAAGUCUGGUGAAACAGUUGUUUCGGCCCCAUAGGGCGUAUGCACAGACAUACUUUGACGAUAUAUUCGUUCAUAGUCGAGCCGACAAAUGGCAAGACUGA